AUGAUAUCAGUUACUAAAGUCCCGUUACCGGGGAAUGCAUUGAAGGUGAUUGAUAUUCCAACUAUAGAGAAGCCGAAGCCCCAACAUGAUGAUGUCUAUGAUACUAGUGAUCUUGGGGAUUUUAUCGAUGACGAGGAUGCUGAUGACACUGGUGUUGAAUCCCUCAUUGAUGGUAAUAAUCUUUCUACUGAAACAGAACAUACAGAUAUAGAUACACAAUCACUUAAUAUCAAUAAUAACAAGACGAUCGAUAAUACUGGCCAUCUUGAAAAUUUAAAUGUUACUGAUCACAAUAUUACUCGUCAUAUUGAAAAUUUAAGUAUUACUCCUCGCAAUAUUAAUGGCCAUAUUGAAAAUUAUCACAAUACCUCAGACCAAGAUAGUGACAACGAAGAUGUAUCAGAGGUUGUAUUUGGUGCAGAUAAUGUACCCUAUUUGACGCUUAAUGACGCCAAAAUAAACCAUUCUGGAGACGUGGCCGGUUCUGGUAUCACCAAUCGGGCGACCGCAAAUAUACAGGCAUCACAGACGAGGUCAUCAAACCAAUUAUCAACAAAACCAGUAUCACCAUUGGAUAGUUUCUUUCCCCAACAGCCAAUGACGUUGGAUGCUGCCGAGUUCACUCCAGACCACCUUAACUCCGAGUAUCUCCAAAUUGAAGAGGAAGGAAGACAACGACGGAAAUUACUUCUGAGUUUUAAGGAGAUCAACUUUACUAUACCCAAUGUAUCGAACGCGUUCGGAUUUAAGAAGAAAAAGUCCAAGACUGUCAAUUUAAACCAUGAGGAUAACACUCGAUCGGUUUCAGAUUCAGUAGUUGGAUUAUACGCCCAAAACAACAACAACAACAAUAAUAAUGAUAAUAGUGUAGGGCAGCAAAGACUGAUAUCACUUUCCAAUCCUAAAGAUCAACAACAACAUGACAUGCCUGGAAUUAAUUCUGAAAGGUGGCUGAAGUAUUUAUCCUAUACAAGACCAACAUGGCUUCCUCCCAAACCACUUAAUGACAAACACAAACAUCAAGCAGAUGCAGAUGCAUUGAUUGCACUGGCUAUUUAUAAGGAUAGGGAGUUGGAACGAAAGCGAUUGGCUAAGAUCAACAAGUUAGCUAAACUUCAAAAGACAGAAGCAAGAAGAUGGGAUUAUGCACUUGAGUUAUCUAAAAAGAAUAAAAAUUCCCAAGAAUACGUUAGAAAACAUAAUAUUUUAUGGCAUGGUGGUAUACCAAUACAGAAUAAGUUUAGAGAGAACAUUUGGUAUACGCAGAUUGGCAAUGAACUCAAUCUAAAUAACCAGAUAAUUGAUGAUCUUUUCUUUGGAGUUUUUGAUAGUAUAGUUGAAGGAUGUCAAGAUCAAACCAAUGAAUUGAUUGAAUCAGAAUUAAGGAAAUGUCCUGUUCAAUUACAAUCAAUUUCUCGUGAUAAUUUAUUAAAAGUGGUUGUAAGUUUUCUUGAUUAUUUGAGGAAACUAGGAGUCCCCAGUGAUAAACCAGUGAUUGAAUUUUAUUAUAAUGGAUUGGUUCAUUUGACUGCGACAUUUUUACAUUUCUACAAAGAGGAUUGUCAUAAAGUGUUCAUCAGCUUAUGUAAUCUCUACCAACGUCAAUUGCCCAGUCUACUUAUUCAAUAUUCCAUUACAAAAGAUGAGAGUAUGAAAUUAUUUAUUGAGAAUUCCUUAAAUGAAUAUAUGGUGAACAAGUUGGUCAAAUUAUUGGAAUCCAAAUACAAUAAUCAACUUUAUCAUCAUUUUGUCCAUGUUAAUAUUAAUUAUAUUAAUGAUAUACUUUUAUCCACAAUGUUGGGGUUCAUGCAACAUAUGUUUCCAAUGAAUUUGCUGGUUCAAAUUAUGGAUUUAUAUAUCUAUGAAGGUGAUACUCUAUUGAUGUUUGCAUUAUUGACGGUUUUCAAGCUUAACGGUGCGAAAUUCUUUGGUUCAAGUCAAGAAAUAAUUAAUGCCUUAUCUAGAGAAUGCGAAGUUGGUUAUGACUUUGAAUUCAUAGAAUCACUUAGAGAUAACUAUGUCAGUCGACAAAGUUAA